AUGGCAGAACAAAGUUCUCGUAUUUCGCUGUCAGGCACCUUCCCUUACAAUGCUUUGAACUCGGAGAAGGACAGUCAUGAUGGGCAACAGCUCCCCAACCAGCAAUACAAGUUGUCAAAUUACAUCAAGAUUGCAACUUUUGAAAUGUUUGGGCAGAUCAAUGGAGAGGAAGUGUGGACAAAAAUGAAUACAACUCUUACAAAUCUGUUCCAAGAGUAUUUUAAGUUAUAUGGUCCAACUGAGCAAGAAGUGCAGCCUGAUGAUGCACCUAGCUUUGAAGAGGACAACAGAGAAAGCUUGAUGAGUUCCUUGAUUGCAGAGAGAAUGAGAAUGAAUGACUGUGGAAUCAGCAUUAGCCCUUCGAAGUCUGAACUUGAAAAGUAUCUUACAGAGGAUAAUGAAGCAAACAACAGCAAAUUCAACAUUCUUGAGUGGUGGAAGGUCAACUCAUCUAGAUUCCCUGUGCUAUCACGUUUAGCUCGUGAUGUCCUAGCUUUCCCGAUAUCUACAGUCGCAUCAGAGUCAGCUUUUAGCACCGGUGGACGCAUUCUUGAUGAGUUCCGAAGCUCGCUCACUCCAUUCAUGGUGCAGGGACUAAUUUGUACUCAGGAUUGGUUGCGAAGAGAAAUUCCUGUUAACAAUGAAGAGAAUGAAGAGCUACUUGCCAACCUAGAGGAUGGGAAUACCAGAAGAACAUCAAGUGUGCCGCCAACCUAA